GAAUGGUGAUUUAAGAGGAUUAAAUGUAAUAUGUAGUGUGAGCUCUUUGUUUUAGAGUCAUUAGGGCCACAUAUGAGUCAUUGACCCAACUGUCCUUCAUGUGGGUAGCUAGGGCUAAGUGAGCCCAGGGGUGAAUUAUUGUUAAGCUGUCUAGGGAGGGAACUCAGUACUGAACAGUAGGUGGAUGGUAAGUAAAUGCUGUAGUCCACCUCCUCUGUUCAAAGAUGGUUGUUCCUGUCUUCUCUGGCCGUUCCCCUGAUUUGCUUCUGUUCCUUUUCCUUCCCCUCAGCCUGGUUUAAGGUUAUGGUGACCCCCGGCUUGUGCUUGAGUGAGGGAUGAGAGUUGAACAGCAGCUUUUAUCUUCGUCAAUGUGUACCGCACAGUCCAAGAAGGGCAGAACGUCUCUUCUCUCAUCUUCCCAUGUAAACUUGAUGUCACUAUCCACAGCACUGAUGAGCUGUAAAACCCUGUGAAACAGAAGCCCAGGACAGAGCGGUUCAGUGAAUGUGGUGUUGAAGGCGUGGAGGAGGAUCCGUGUGUCAGAGGAGACUCUGUGAAAGGGCCGAGUGCCAGCAGGACAGUCCACCUACACUGCCACUCUGUUGGAAGUGGGCGGGAGAGGGAGCGCUGUUUCUCUGUUGUUGUGCCAGACAGAGUAACCACCAUCAGAGCACUUAAGACUCCAGGACUGUGGAUUCCUUCCAAGCAGACAGACAGCACUGUUUCCUCUUCUUCUGAUUCCUCUACAGAAGCUGAAUUUAGCAACCAGGAAGGAAAUGACACAUACAUCUCGAUACAAAGUACGUAUAGUUCAUUUGUGAGGAAACAGAAGAUCACUAGACACUGAUGGUGACAGAGAGCACAAUGUCUGCAUUCAGAGGGAUUCAAACGUGUCUGCUGCUGCUUCAUUUGACAGCUGUAACUGGACGGUACACAUCCUUUGUUGUCAGAGAUGGAGACGGCGUCACUUUGCCUUGUGAGAACGCGACGUACAACCAGAAUGGAUGUGAACAUACAAGCUGGCUCUUCAGCGGCGCAGGCAACACAUCGCCAGUAGAGCUGGUCACACUCGGGCAGGUUGGUGAACGUGCCAGAGCCAAAUCAGACCAAUUGGGCGUUGAAGAGAACUGUGCUCUGGUUCUAAAGAAGGUCAAAGUCGAGGAUGUCGGUCGUUACAGCUGCAGACAGGUCAACGAAUCUAGACAACAACAGGGUCCAGACGCCCAUGUCUAUCUGUCUGUUAUUAUCAGGUCUGAACAUGAGGACGGUGAUAUGGUGACUCUUUCCUGCUCUGUGACGACAUAUGGAUGGUGCACACAGAGAGUGAAGUGGCUGUUUAAGGGUCAAGGCAUCACAGAUGUGAGGACGAGGCAGGCCUACUGCUCCACCAGUGUGACCUUUAAGACCUUUCAUUACAUUCACACAUCAGGGCCCGGAUCACUUGCGUGUGAGGCCACUGAUGUUUACACUGGAAGAGUGCAGGUGUUUACCUUUGGCCCUCAGUCCUCAGGUGAGGAUGUGACAACAGUGAGAACAACGGAAGAGAGUCCAGAAUCAGCUUCUGCAGCUGACGAUGCAACAUUUCAAGACUGGUGGAGAUACGUCAUCGUGUCUGUGGGAUUAGCACUUCUCAUAACAUUUGUUGUGGUAGUCAACAUGUGGACGAGAGCCAAAGGGUCCAAAACCGAGAUCGUUGAGAAUGUGGGGAACAACUAUGAAGACAACGGCAUGGAGGACUAUGAAAACAUCUAGAUUCAACAUCCACACAGUGUGAGGGCUGCUUGUUGAGGUGCUGUAGAAUCGUUAACACCAUUUGGCUAACAGGUGAUCUCUGCUGAUGUGUUGCUUUGAGGAAGUAUGUGACCUCAGCUUUUGCCAUAUUAGCUUUAACCUGAAAUGAAUAAUGUGACACCUACCUAAGUGUUAGGCACUGGAUUUGUUUCCAUGAUGAAGAUGUAGAAAGUUGUGAUGUCAGAAUCAGUCUUGACCACAGUCAACACAAGCUGAACAGAUUCGGAGAGUAGCUGAAUGUGCCAGUGUGUAGACAUAAAGCUAUGUGUGUGUGUGUAUUUGGCUAUUACAUGUGUAAUUUUUGUUUUUUUUUUAAUUUAUGUCCUAGUUUUCACCUCUGAUUCUGAACCUUCACAUGCAAAUCGAUGUCAAAGUGUUUUCAUCACCUUAUCUCUUGCUCUAUAUCUCGGGGUGAAUACACAUUUUUCAUCCAUUAAAUGCAUUUUUGAUUUUUAUGAUGUUGCCAGGCGGCUUUUUUCUGUUGUAAAAGUGAACACUAACCUCUGCUAUAUGCAGCUGGCAUGAGUUAGUUAGCACAGUUAGCUGUGGGUGGCAUUCCUCGGCUUUAGUUCAGUUGAUUUCCUGUUUAAUGCUGAAAGUUUAUACCCAUGUGAAAAUGUUCAACUCUCCACUUCCUGUAUUUGUCUGCCUUCCUGCCACUUCUCUGUGUACACCUGUUUCUCAUUUGUUCGUUAGCGCUUGUGUAUUAAGUAUUGGAGGUCUGUGUGUUUCCUUUAUUCUUCGUGGGUUCAUUUUUUUCAUUGGCCCUCAUAUGCCUCCUCUGUUUAUGAUAUGUUCCCCAUGACUUUAUGAUUGAGCCUCUGUUUAUGUAAUACUGUCCUUGGUCCUUUUUGUGACCUGCAGUUUGGAUUUUUGGAUAUCAGCUGUGUUAUUAAAUCUCACCUUUUGCU